AUGGUAGAGCCCGUCACAAACAUUGCCCCCGGCGAGAAGGUCUAUGGCGACAUCGAAGUGGAGAUGGUGGAGGACAACAAGGGCGGCCUCACCCACGUCGCGCACUUGGUCGUCACCAAGUCGUUCAUUUUCCUCGUCACCAUUGCCGGUCUCUCUGGUAUCUUGUUCGGUUACGACACUGGUAUCAUCGGCUCGGCGUUGCCCAUGGUCGGCGCCGAUCUUGGUCACGAACUGUCCUACGUCGAGCAGGAGAUCAUCACCGCCGGCUGCACUAUUGGUGCCAUCUUUGGCGGUCUCAUUCUCGGUGCCAUGGCCGACAAAUGGGGUCGCAAGUGGUGUCUUGUGAUUGCGGACAUUGGCUACUCGGUGGCCCAGAUGAUCGUCGGUCGUCUCGUUCUCGGCGUCGGUGUCGGUGGUGCCUCGGCUGUCGCGCCUCUCUAUCUGUCAGAGCUGGCUCCCACUGCCGUCCGUGGCCGCACAGUCGGAACCUAUGGUUUCUUCGUUCCCUUCGGACAAUUUGUGUCCACGGCCAUCGGCACCGGAUUCCAGGCAGGUGUACCCAACCACAUCAGCUGGCGUGUUCUCUUCGGUCUUGGCGCCGUACCCUCGAUUCUCCAACUUGUCCUCAUGCACUGGCUUCCCGAGUCGCCGCGUGUUCUCAUUCUUUGGGGCAAAAAGGAACAGGCCCGCGAGACCAUUGCCAAGAUCUACAAGGGCGCCCCGGACGCAGUUAUCGACUUUAAGCUGCGUGUGGCAGUCCACACCGUCGACGAAUCCACCCGCCUCACCAGCCAGCACACCCCGUGGCAGAUGACCAAGCUUCUGUGGACCCACAAGCCCUACCGACGCGCUCUCAUCGCUGUAUGCGGCGUGCAGAUGUUCGGGCAGCUCACUGGAUUCAACACACUUCUGUAUUACUCUUCCAGGCUCUUCGGCCUCCUUGGACUGAAGAACUCGGCAGCAGGUGGUCUCAUUCCUGCCGGUUGCAACACCCUUUUCAUUUUCAUCGGAAUGACCCUCGUCGACAAGGUCGGUCGCCGCGGCCUCCUCAUGCGUGUCGCCCCUGGAAUGAUUGCGGGCCUUCUGUGGGCUGUAGUGGCCUUCUACUUUAUGACCAAGGACACUGGUGGCCAGCUUGUCGAAGGCUACGCCUACUCCACCAUGAACGUUGGCCUUGUUAUUGGCGCAAUCAUCCUCUUUGUCUGCAGCUUUGGAGCUACGUAUGCGCACAUCUGCUGGUACCAGUCCGAGUUCCUCCCGCUCGAGAUCCGCGCCACGGGAUCGGCCAUUGCCACCACCGCCAACUGGGUGCCCAACCUCGUCAUCGCCGUGGCGUUCCUUACCCAGCUCGAGACACUCACCCCUGCUGGAACGUACGGUCUCUACCUGGGCUUCGUCAUCUGUGGCUAUAUUUUCGCCUAUUACUGCUACCCCGAGACGAAGGGUCUGUCUAUCGACGAGACAAACCUUAUCUUCCAGGACGGCUUUGGUGUCAAGAAGGCCAGCGAGAUGCUCAAGGACAAGAAGGCGCUGCUGGCGGAGAUGAGGGAGCAGGAAGCGCUCGUGAACGCUUAA